AUGUCCCACCGUCCCCAGGGACCCCUGCCGUCCGUGUCCACCACCCCGGGCCAGUCCGGUGUCCUCACUAGGACACGUUCCUACCCGCGGACGUCCUCGUCGUGGGACAUUCAUGCGACAGGAUGGGGUGACACCACCGGACCAGGGGGCGCUGGACACCACGCCACAAGGCCCCCGCCGCCCAGUUGGGGCGCUGGGACGUCGCCGAAGCAAGCCACGGCCGGGGUUUGGGACACCGGAGUGAGGUGUCAAGCCAGUGUCCGGUCUGUGGUCGGGUGCGGACGGGAGAAGGUGGACUCGUCCGCCCCGAGGGGCAGGUUCGCGCCGCCCAUUGGCUCCAAGUGCUUGACUUUGGGGCGUUCUGCCAGCUUCGUCUUGCGGCCUCUCACGCGGCGACUAACGCAGGGGGUACUGGUGCAGGAGGUGGACGAGGGCCAGCCAUGCCUCAUGUGUCGCGACAAGUGUCCGGGCUACACAUCCCACGUGUGGAGGUGAGUACACACACACACACUUGAGUACCACUUGGAGUCGAUCUUAAGUCACUGGAGUGCACUUGAGUGUCACAAGUGGCCUUAAAGUGCCACGAACGAAGCCUUUUAGGGAGAUAA